GUUUCGCCGAAUUGGUUUCUCAGCGAUUCGUCGUCGAUCCACAAUCUCGCAGCAGCCUGAUUUGCAUGAUGCUUGCGAUGCGGCGAGCGUACUCGACAGCGGCCAAGGUUGACCCGCGGUACUUCUUUGACGCAGCGCCCGGGACACUCCUGCCUGCGCAAAAGUCCCGUGUCCUCUUUGGCCGCAUGCAGUCGGAACAGUUGACGGUGGUGGCUCCCAAGAUCAUGAGCAAAGUCUUACUCGUCCGUGACCGCGAUACUGGUGCUGACAAGCGGUCCCAGUACGCUCAAUACUUGCUUCAAAAGGCCAACAUUCCUUGCUUCAUGCUAACUUUGCAGCGUGAUUGUGCGACCAUCGACUCGAUCAACUACGGCCGCGACUACGCUCGCCGUGUUGGCGCCAACGGUGUCGUUGCGUUCGGCGGUGGUAACGUCAUGGACACGUCGCGCGCGAUCGCUGCCUUGAUGUUCAACGAAGGCAAUGCGGAAGACUUGGCCUCUGGCCCGAUCUCGAUCGAACACAAAGUCGCUCCACUGAUCGUGAUGCCGACUGUGGCUGGGUGCGGGAGCGAAAUGUCGACGGAAGCAUUGGUAUUAGACGAAGGCGCCGAGGCCAAGCUCUCGUUCACCAAAACGCCCAUUGUCGCCGACGCAGUGAUCAUUGAUCCUAUGCUCUCAGUGUCCGUGCCGUUGGGCGUCACAGCUCAAGGUGCACUGACAUCCAUGGGCCAGUGCAUUGAGUCGUUCUUGACCAACAAGGGCGACCCGAAAGUAGACGAACUUUGUCUGAAUGGCAUUCGCGCCACCGCGGAAGCUUUGUCGUCGCCGCUUCAAGAGGGGAAAAUGCAUCUAAACGACGUGGGGUUUCGAGAACGCCUGAGUUACGCGAGUUUGUGCAGCAGUUUGGUGUCGCUGUCGACAGGCUUUGGCGCGGCACACUCGCUCGGCAUCGGCGUCGGCGGAUUAAGCGACUCGCCGCACAUGCAAGUUUGUGCCGCGUUCCUGCCGCUCGUCCUCGCGCGAUAUGAAGCCAUCGUGACAGACAACCAAGGCGACGAACACUUUGACAACCUCAAAAUGCGACUGGAAGCGGUUCAAAACAUUCUGCAUCUCGUGACAAAGUACAAAACAGCGACGGUGUCCGACUGGUUCUCUCAAGUGGGAUGCCGACUAAACUUACCGGACGCGCACCAACUGGGAUUUGACGACACUUUGGUUCAAACAAUUGUCGAUCGCGCCACGGAUCGACUGGAAGACUGCGGCAAUGGCGCCGGGCAGGACGUAUCGUCUGUACUUGAAAAAGCCGACUUGGACACGAUCAUGCAGGGCGCUGUCGUGGCGCCGACUCCUCCCGCCACCAACAUCCCAUCGGCGUCGUUGUAGUCGUCGCAUGCAACGAACGAUCGACUGCGGUGCAUUCCUCGUCUACGACACGACAUAGACCUGGUACAGGGAAUGGAGUAUAUUUUGGAGGAUAUGAACUGGAAACAUCAAUAACGUGUUAAAUACUUGGAUCUUCGACGAACCGCCAUUGCACGGCUCCACGGUGAACGACAUGGCU